AUGCGUUUUUGCGAAAUCCUGCUCUCUCAUUUCGACAACGUUUGUCCCGGGGCCACGGAUCUGAUACAGAAGAGGCUCAUGCGCUCAAGAAACCCUAUUUUAGUCGCUAACGCGGUACCAUUUACGGGUAAAUUCGUUCAAGACAUAUUUUUUGGAGGGGCUCUUCAAAAGCCGACUUUGCUUUACAGAACAACUGCAACAACAACUCGGCUCGGUCACAGUCAUUGCUGGAUUGUGGCUUCCGCCUCGGCGACGGGAUCAGAUUCCGUGUCGUGCAUGUCACGAUUGCUUGACCAGGUUCCAGACGGAUCCAGAAGCAGUCAAGAUGACUGUCAAAGUGGCAUCUGCUUAUUGCACCAAUCUUGUUCUCUCUCCUUUGACCAGCCGUUCUCUGACAGAGUCGAUCGAGCCGAGGGCACGUCGAGACAACCGACAAGAAUACACGUUUCCAUGGUCGUGGGUGGAGCCGAGGCGUGUCGACAGAUGACUCGCGUCGUCAAGAGCAUCCUGCUUCAGCGGAGCCGGAUGAAAUGGCCCAUUUACGCCGACGACAAACUGCUGCCUUCAGAGAUGGUAACUGUGGCGACUCGGCAUGGUUGCAACAAGUCGAGGCCAGAAGCUGUGACUGCCUCGUCGUCAAGCGGGUCUAACAAGAGGACGACUGUCAAGUCUGGCGCUGAGAGUGACUAUGACGACGAGGCGAUGGUUGAGUGUCGAGGAGCGAAAGAGGACCGGUCAAAGCAGACGACGAUGAAGUCGAGAAGAGCAGAGUCAGUCGAGAUGGGCAUUUUCAGAUGGACCUUGUGCCUUCAUUUGCUGGUCGACCUACAGGCCGGACUUUCCCUGCAAACCCUCUUCUCCACUUGGCGACUGCCCGACACUCAGGUCUACUUUUAUCCCAUCCAAGAGGCAGUUGUAAGUGACAUCAUCUCAUACAUGCCAAUAUCUACCAAUGCUUUAAAUUCAUACUUUCUAUUCUAA